AUGGCGGCGUGUCGCCUGGCGAUUGAACCACUUCCCUCCUGCCUUGGAUCGCCUCGAGAGUCGCGUUGCGUUGCACUUGCUGGUUUGGGGUCAAAUUGCGACAGCGGAAUGGUGGCCGAAACGCGAUCACCGUGCAGACGGUACGCCGAAGAGUCCAGUUCACGUGAGUCGGAAGUGGACGCUGGCAAAUGCAGCUUCUAUCUCCCCAUCACCAUCGGCAACAGACGCCGAGUGCACUUGCGGUACCGGAUAUCCUCACUUUUGCGCCCGGCCAUCUUGUUGUCGUGUUUGCCGAGUCCUCCGAGCGCGGGAGGCGCGAAUUUUGGCCAGCAGCGUCGGCUCGUCAACAGCCUCUGGCCCGGCCUCGACUCGGCGUCGGCCUCUCCGGGACUCGGACUCGUGUCCGGCGCUCCCGCCUGCCCGACUCGACGCUCCGACCGGCCGACGGUGACGUCGACGUCAACGUCGACGGCGACGGCGACAGUCUCGUUGGGCGGUCUGACGGGCGUGGGUCGGUUGCAUUUGGGCGCGAUCGGUGCGUCCGAUCGAGCCGAGUCGCGUGAUCCGGUCGAGUGGAUUCAGACGCCGACGACGCCAACGGCGACGUCGACGGCGACGGCGACGGGUGCGCGAAGCAAGAGCGACAGCGGCGCCUUCUCGGCCAGUGACGAGGGCGGCGUCGGCGGUGGUGGUGGGGCGGCGCUCUGUCGUCCGUUGCGGUUCAGCAUCGGCGAUCUGAUCGAGGAGGAAAAGUGCGCCGGAUCGGCGCUGUUC